UUGCUUGCUCGCUGGUGCUGGUGGUGUAAUUCAUUAUUAUUUGCUUUGACUCGCGCUUCCCAUCGCACUCCGUAUUCCGACUGAUUGGAUAAAAUAGACAAUUUUGUUGGACGCCAACUCUAGAAAAUUCUACAACAACCAUGUCACCGAAGGCGCCAACCGUAAAGCUUAAUAACGGUACCGAAAUUCCGGUCCUAGGACUUGGAACCUGGCUGUCCAAAGAGGGCGAAGGAGUUGAAGCAAUCAAAGCUGCAAUCGAUGCCGGUUACCGGCACAUCGAUACCGCCUAUUUUUAUCAGAACGAGAAGGAAGUCGGCGAAGCGAUUCGCGCAAAGAUCGAAGAAGGCGUCAUCAAGCGGGAGGACGUUUUCGUGACGUCCAAGCUUUGGAGUACUUACCACCAUCCGGAUCAUGUGGAACAAGCCUUCCAAAAGUCGUUGGAGAAUUUGAACAUUGACUAUAUUGAUUUGUAUCUGAUGCACUUACCGAUCGGUUAUAAGUUUAUUGAUUGGGAUCCGAAAAAUCUGAUGCCGUAUGAUGCUGACGGAAAACUGCAGUUUUCCGAUGUGGAUUACAUCGACACGUGGAAGGCAAUGGAGAAGUUGUUGAAGACGGGCAAAGUUAAGAGCAUUGGCGUUUCUAAUUUUAACAGCGAACAAAUCACGCGUCUGCUGGCCGACUGCGAGAUCAAGCCGGUAACAAACCAGGUUGAGUGCAACCCGAGUCUCAACCAGCGUAAACUGACGGAAUUCUGUAAGGAUCUGGACAUAACCGUAACGGCGUACAGCCCGCUUGGACGUCCGAAUUACUACGAAAAAGAUCCGGACAAUAUGCCGAAACCGGCACUGGACGAUCCGAAGGUAAUCGAGAUCGGCAAAAAGUACAACAAAACAUCCGGUCAGGUGAUUUUGCGCUACCUGAUCGACAUCGGAACGAUUCCGAUUCCGAAGUCUUCCAAUCCGGAACGUAUCAAGCAGAACAUUGAUAUAUUUGACUUUAAGUUGACCGAGGAAGAGAUCAAGGUGAUGGACGAGUUCCACACCGGACAGCGUACGGUGCCGUUCAACCUUUGCACCGAGCAUAAGUAUUUCCCGUUCAAGAUUGAGUUUUAAACUAUCAGAUAAGAUCAGAGAAAAUCUAAAGUAAACUAACCCUAAGAUGAAAGAGGAAUUUGUUUUAUUCAAUUAAAUUAA